AUGAAAAGAACUAGUCCUUCCAAUACUUCGCAUAAUACUGGUUCUCUAAGGCGGGAAGUAGGUAUAGUUGAAUGGAACUAUUCGGCAGUUCCACUUUCUUAUUCAAGUAUAAAUGCAAUAGAUAAACAGGACAUACCAGAGACCAGCACAUUACUGGACAACAUGAUCCAAGAUAUUUCAUUAGAAUGUAAUACUGCUUCUAGUAGUAAGAAAAAAAAGACCGUAGGGACUGGAGGGAAGAAACCCAGAUCUAAGUCUGUUACAAUCUCUGAAUCAUCUACCAUUCAAACUAAGCCAACCCUAGGAAACUCAGUUGAAGUCACUCAGGGUAAAGGAUUAUAUGGAGAAGAUUUAAGAGCAUUUUAUGAGAAGGAAGUCAAGGAAGAUGAAAAAAGCAAAGCAGAGACAGAUUGCUUAUUGGCUACUACCUAA